AUGGUGGCGGACCAUGGAGUUGUGCUUAGCACACUUAAGGACUGCUUUCAGUUCCUGGGGUGGUUGAACAGUAACGAUGAUGAGACUGUGCUAGAAAAGGUGGCAAGUGAGCUGGAAAACCGUAUUGAUACAUGUCAUAAGAAUCCUCAGUUUGAAUCUGAAUUUAGAAGUUCACUCAUCAAAUUUCUCGACGGCAUCUCAUUGGUUUAUCACCAAAUAAGCAAGGAACCAUCCGCGAGGACAUAUGACCAAAAAACCGCAGCUCAGGUUGCCGAGGCCUUUCACGAGUGCCUCAUUAAGGUGCACUCUGCACUUAUAUAUUUGCUGGACAUUGUGAGCCUUAGUUAUGACGAUGCAUGUGGUGGUGAUAGGGAAAGGUUUGAGGAACUACAAGAUCAUGAGCUUAAGGAAUAUCUAAUCUUCUCCAACUCUGAUGAUUUCAACGGCAUCAUCACUGGAGGUUUUGGUGAUGGUGACCUGAAAAAUCUGCGGGCCUCCAAAUUGGCAGAAAAUAUUCAAAAUGCGCUCGGCAACCUAGAAAGACUUAACGACAUCUUGGGAUGUAAUAAGCGUAUAAAGGAAGAUUAUAAAGAGUCUGAUCUCCCACCUGCCAAUGUUCCGGAUAUUCCUAUAAAACCGUCUUCAAAGGUCGUGCCAACUAAAACAGGGAAUGCAAAGCCCGUUAUAAAAUCCGAUGGUAAGCAUAUACGGUGCGAUAAGAAUGAGUUGGCACAGAGCCACGGUAAAAUGUCUGAAGACGCACAAAACCAGCGUUGGGAUGGUUCUACAUUCCCAUAUCAGGAUGACGACCUAUUUGCAGUGACGGACUCAGAUUUACCUCAUUAUAAUCAAUACCUGUCAGGGUCUCCAGAUGGAUGGCAUCAGGCUGCAGUGCAUUCUGUUGAUCCUGAAAAGCUGGAGGCCGAAAAAAAAGUGCCGGUCGUGCCAGCUAAAAAGCAUAUUCCUGAAGACCAACCUCCGAAAGAAAAGCCUCCAAAGGUCAAUGAACAGCCUAAAGAUUUGGCAUCACCGCCUGAAACGCUCAUGCCUAAAGAAAAGUCUACUUCUAAAAUAGCCUCAGCAAAGCGUGUCGCCACUAAGUCACAGGCGACCAAAAAUGAGACAUCUCAUCCCUUCAAGAAAUCUGAGGAGGCACGGGACCAGGGUAAAUACUCUGACCCAGACUGGGAUAAAUUGUUCGACCGGAUUGAGCAAGAGGAUGCCUAUUCAUAUGCCGGAUGUGCUUAUGAAUCCCCGCAGGAGCCUGAUGGCCCAGGGUAUCCUUCACCCAAAGUUCCUGCAGCCAGCCCAAAAGUGGUGCCCGAAAAGAAUGUUUCAACUACUCCAUCUAAGAAGCCGGAGCUAACGCCUGUCUUGUUUUCUGGGAGGCCUAAAAAGCCUGAGGUGCCUCCUGCCAAGGUUCCCGUCACAAAACCUACUGCCACCAAAACUGAAGCUGUAAAGCCUGUUCUCACUAAAGCUAAGGCGGCGAAGCCGACUGCCACUAGUACUCCGCUUGCUCAAAAUCCUGGUAAAAAAUCCGAGAGGGGACAGGACCAGAGCAAUGAAGCUGAAUCAUACCGAAAUCAACAUGACUUUGAAGAAUCGGAUACAUAUUAUGCAAGCGAAGACCCUAAUGUCCAUACGCUUACCGAUGAACAAACUGGUGAAGGCCCUCCAGGAUCUCCGGAGUCCCUUCCCACGAAACUUACGGAAUUCCGUAAAAAGGCUUUACAAGCAGAGGAAUCCGAAGGUUCUCCAAAUCUGGGCAAGGAAGUGGACGCACUCCUGGAUGACUAUGAUGUUUCAAUUCACGAAAUGACUUCAGAUUCACCUGUUCCAUAUUCUGAUGUAGACCUGCAAGAACAUGCUGAGUCAGGUCCUCAGCGGUCUUCGCUUGCAGAAGCUCUCGGAAUUCCCAAGGAGCCUGUCCCACAGAAGCACCCUCCGAAAGUGCCACCUAAGAACUCCGAUUCCCCGCCUUUAGAGGCCUCCAGGGAAUAUGUGCCAGAAAAGCAGUCUGAGGGGCCACAAUAUCAGGUCGAGGCAUUGGAUGUUGAUACAGAUCUAAAUAACGGCCAAGGUGAUCUAAUGCCUGCAUAUUCACCUGUAGACUACACUCAUUUCCCUCAGCUACCCGGCAAUCAAGGAGAUCAACCCAAUCAGGGCCAGCAGGGAGAUCAGCCCCAGCAAAUACAGCGUAAUCCAGAACUUCAGAAUACUACGCCUGCCUUGGCUGCUGAGACUGGUAAAAACCCUGCCGCCGUAAGGUUGCAACCCACUACAUACUACUCUGGUAAGAAGCUUACGGACUGUCCCACGAACCUUCGCGAGUCCAUCGACUGGAUCAUCCAGCUUAAGUAUGGGAGUGGCCAUGGUGAUGGUGUUGAUAACUUAUCCGAAGCCUUGGACAAGCUGCAUCGGAAACUUAUUGCAGACUCCUUUUCCAAUCUGCUUGAUCAGCUUUCUGACCUUCUUGAUCCUUGGAAAACAACGCCGUGCUGUCGGCGGAUUCAUAGAGCAAUUAGGACAAUUAAGAUUAAACUUCAGCAUCCUAGAAAUAUCCAAAGAAAUCAUAUUAACGGUCUUUUAAAGCAACUUGAAUAUAAUAAGGAGGUCUGUCUUCAACAUCAUUACAUUGACUCCUCUAAGGAUGAAGCUUUGAAGGAUGUUCAUUCCAAGAUGAGGGAUCUUGCUGGUGUUAGUAGGGAUAUUAACACUUCUAGAAAUGGUUUACUGCAUCACCUUUGUGACGGCGUUCAAAUCCUACUAGGCUUCGACUCAUCUUCCAAAGGUUAUUCGGGCUCCGGCAUCGUCUACUCGGACCUUGACAGGCUGUGCGACGGGGUGAUGGCGUUUUUGUAUUCAGUGCUCAAAGCGGUUCAUGAUAAUGAGAAUCUUUGGCCUUAUUCAGCUAAGUUGGAAGGUGCUGUUACCAAGUUGUAUCAGCAUAUUAAUAAGGGCAAGACAGAUUGGCAUGAACUAAUUGAGAUUGUCAAGAGUGGGACCGUUGACUGGAGGCAAGGUUCCACAGGAGGUAUUGCGGGCUGGCUGGAAGCUGUCAAGGUGACUAACGACGGAGUUGCUGGACCGUUAGGGAAAAUGAUGAAUAAAGAUGAUAGCCCGGGAUCUGUAGACAUUCCAGGCCUUGUAGAAGACGCUCAUAAUAUAGUAAAAAAAGAAUAUGAAGAGCCCAAGGAUGAAGGUUUCCGUUCCAGGUGGGUGGGCAAUCUGGACAAGCUUAUUGUGAAAAGUAAGGAGUCAUCCCAAAACCUUAAUGACUUGGAUCUCAACCUUCGAAACCAAUUAUCUCCCCAUGUCGCCCUAAUUAAUGAAUUAGUGACAGUUUUUGUGAUGUCGACGAAGAAGGAUCAUGAGGGGCUUGAGGAGGCACGUGAGAAUGUAAGUUCUGAGAUUGAGAAGCUUCGAGAAGAAGUUAAUAGAGUUGCUGAAGAGCAAAAAGGGAGUUGUAUACGUCAAUUAACGGAGGCACUUAAAAAUAAUAUCCACGAUCCGAUUGCAAAGGUGAAAAGGAAUCUGGAAGAUGUUAAAAAAAGUUUGGAAAAUUGGACCGCUGCAGCAACAAGGUAUGUUAUUGAGGGCUUAGCGACUGCGAGCAAAGUUCUUGCAGAAGUUGGUAAGGACGGUAAAAAUAGAUUGGACGUUAAAAGCGCAGUUAAAAGGUUAAAAGAUGUCACUGAACAUUAUUAUGUGCGAUUGCAACAAAAGGGGCUUGAAAUAUGUUGCUACCAGGUCAAAUACACCUUGGAUAAUCUAUGCACGGAGGUGACGAAAUUAGUGGAUUUUCUUUUUACCGAGGUUUUGAGUGGAUUCGGCGGUGGCCAUGUUACACGCGGUGAAGUUCGCGGAAGGAAUGUAUCAGAGCAUCUAAAUUUGCUGACACAGGUUGCGCACGUUGUUAAUGGCUAUGCGCAAAGUAUUGGGACGUUCGCUGGGUCUUCUCAGCCACAGCAUUUAGAACAGUUGCGGAUAUCAACGCAGAGUGUGGAGACUAUUACCAUUCAACUACAAAGCAUGCAUCAAUAUUCAUAUUCGUCCAGUAUCAUUGCUUCCCAUCUACAACACCUUCACACCUUUGUUACUACAAUCAAGAGAACGGUGAACGAGUGCAUCAACACCAUGAAAAGUGGAAUAAAGACUAAGUUGAGUGAGCAUAACUCUGAUGCGUUUACUAGUAAUGCCACUCAAGUCAUUGCUUCAAUAAGUCGUGCAGUUGGAAGUGCAUUGAGUAUAGGUUCAGAGUUUGCCCUGCAGCUUCAGACAGCGCUUAAGUGGAAUGCUUCGGAGUAUCAGCCUCGUGCUCAGCAUCCCACCAGCCUUCGUUGUUUUCAGGGUGUUUCUGAUUCGCUUAGACAAUUGUCGCAGGAUGUUAAUGCUUUCUCUGCCGAUAUUAGCGAUCUAAAUGUGCACAUCGCAGAAUGCGAAAAAUGCGUUGCUGAACCCUUAAAAAAGCUUCUGGAAAACAUCAGUUCAGCCGGAAAGGCUAUUAAGCAGAAUUUGGAGGAGUUGAAAAAAUUGAUUGACGGCAACGGUCCAGGUAUUACGCCGAAGGAUCUUGAACGUAACCUCGAGAAAAUACGGGAUGAAAUUGAUGAUAUCAUUGGCACUUCGCAGUCGGUAACUCCCAAUCCGCCUAAAACUCUGGAAGAUAUCGUCACUGCGACCAAAACAUUCUACGAAGAAGCCCUUUCAAAUGCGGUAAAAAUGUAUAUAGAGCAAGUAACCUUCACACUCCAAACCCAAGUCACCGCAAAGGCCAAAGCCAUCCAAAAAUUCGCCCUCUCCCAGUUCGCCGAGUCCAAGGCCCAGGGGUUGCAGCAGCUGAAGGAGUUGGUGAGUGCACAGAAAGCAUUGAUUGAUGGGAUCAUCGAGGAGGAUAAAAAGAGCGGGCUGAAGGGCUUAAUGUUACACAUGUAUGGCGGGAGAUAUCCAUAUGGUAUACACCCAAAUCAUCCGCUUGAUAACCUUAGAGAUGCUUUGCCUAGGCCGGCUGAAGGUGCGGAGGGUCAAAAAAAUACAGAGGAGCUUAAACGUUUUAACACCUUGUCCGAGAAAUUCAAGGAAUAUUUGGGUCGGAUUUUGGAGCAUGUGAACACUGACGUUAUGAAUGUAUCACCUACCGAACCAACGACUGGAGAUGUCAAAAAAGAAGAGAGCAAAGAAUCGAGCCAAGUUGCCAAAAUUAAAGAUGCACUCGACGCUCUGCUUGAACAUAUGGGAAGGCCACCGCUUAAGAAAAUGUACAUUUUCGAUAAUAAUUUUUGCAAUCUACGUGAGUUCCUAUCUGACUGUCUCUCCUCUCUAUCCCCCUACCAAUUCGCAAACCCACGUCACCCCGAGCUGCUGGAUGUUGUCAAAAAAGGGCUGCAGGGGUUUGCCGGGGAGCUAAGGCAGGCGUAUGUGAACAAGUAUGAUGGCGCGGCAAGAAUUAAUUGGAACGAGAGAGAAUCCUCCGAUGGCGAGAACUGCGCGAAAAUACUUUGGAGUAUAGUUAGAAAUUUCCUUUUUGACUUUGAUGCAUUGAAAGAUAGCUGUAAUGGUAGUUGGAAAGGAAGGAAAAUAUGUUUAACUGUUUAUGAUGAAAAGGCUAAAAGGGCUGUCGAUAAUCCCCUCGGCCAAUGGUUGAGGGGGCGCGGCUUUAAAGUGCCUAAGGAUGAGAAUAGCCAGGACGCUGAGUUAAACAAGGAGAGGACGGGUGCGCAAAUCUACGAUCGCAUGUGCCGCACUGACACUUUGUACACGUAUGACAAGGAAGUGCCUGGUGCGUUAUAUGCCUAUCUUCUGCACUACUACAAGACCUGCCAUCGUAAAUAUGUUCCCAACCCGCGCCCACCCACCACUGUCAACGAGAUGCUCCAUUGGCUUUGCGGCGUGGAGUGGAAUUCGGUGUAUAAUAAACUGAAAUCUUACUUUGGAACAUUCUACGAUGAAUCAACAGCGGACUAUGAAUUGGGAAGGAAAACAUUAGAAGUCGCCAUAUCGGGCCGUCCCAGCGGCACCAUACAUUACGCUUUCGAGCGUAAAUUGUUGAAUGGCAUUUUCAACAGUGUAACAUUACGAGCAUAUGAUAUGCUCAUCACCAUUCUCGGCCACGGCCACGCUGAUGGUCGCUACGCCGUUGACUUUGUUACCAACCCGGAUAAUUUAUUGUAUCCCACUGACACAAAAGAAUGUUUUGAUUUGCUGGUGGAGAUUUUGUUUAGGCUUGAUCACCAACUUCGUUUCCUUUUUAAGAUGUGUCAAAAUAGUUCUGAGAACGCUGGUUGGCGUGAUUGUCAUUUCGGCAAGGGAGUCGGUGAGUCACGUUGGCCCUGUAACAAGUUGAGAUGCACGGAGCAAGACUGUGGCAAUAAGUGCACAAAGUAUUCAAGCUUUGGCCUAAAAUCGCCGCUUCAAUUGUUCUUCGAAGACAGACUGCCGGGUUUCCUUCCGCAUCAGCUCACCACCUCCAACGGCCAGAUUAUAUGUCAAUUCUACGACCACUUCGGUCUCCCUUGUAAGACGCCGAUGGGUUUCCGUGAGCUCGAUAUGACGGCGUCGCGUAGGCAGAAGGGUGAUCAUCUAAGGGGCAUUCUUGAGAGAUUCUGUGGUACAGGUUAUGCACCGGGUUCACUGACACUACUCUGUUGUUCCUUUAGAUGUCUAUUAAAUAGACCGCCUCAAAAUCUGGGAGAGAUAUUCGCGUUCUAUCAGGCUUACCUCGAGAGCUGGAAGGGAGGUUGGCAAAAUGUCGCACAAAUUCGGAAGCAUAAGGAAACCGCAUUCGUUGACGCACUGCGCGAUGCCAACGUCGGAUGUUCGUAUGCUUACUUCGAUCCGAGCAAUUUGUUCGGCAGCAGUGGUCAUGGAUCUGACACUCAUUCCACAGGUGACCUGCUCAGCAUAGUCAAAUGCGAGUCUGACGCAAAAGACACAUGUGGCCAAUACGUCCAGUCGAUAAGCUUCGAUAUUUCGCUGAUGUAUGCUUCCAUCUAUAAGGAAUUAUACCUUUCGUGGGUAGUAUACGUAACUGAGACGUUCUACGAUCUGCUUAAACAUCUGCGUGACGAGUGCUGUAGAAAGUGCGAAUCGUCGGGUACAGGAUGUCAUGACAAGAGCUGUGUAAAAGGGUGUGCAGCGUAUACAUCUUCUAAUCACGCUAUCGAGUGCACCUCCAUCGUCAAAUGCCCCAAUGCCCUUCCGACACUGUAUAAAUACGGAUUCACAUUUGGGAGCCCAUACAAACUGAACGGUGCUAAACAUUAUGAGGGACAGAAAAGAACGUGCAAGGAUUUUCGCAGCGCAUUGGAAAAUGUCAUCAGAGAAAAGAACGUUCUCCACACUUUUGCACAUGAGACCAUACCCAAGUUCCUGUGGGCCAUCCGUCUCCCCUUCUUCUACACCAUGGUCGCACUGUGGUCUAUCGCAGCUCUUCUCAUCGUCUACACUCUGCUCUGCCGCCUGGAGAUACUGCGCAUACGUUCUCACCUUAUUCGCUUCAAGGUGUCGCACCUCAUCAACGUCAAGGCGCUACUCACUCCCAGGCGGAAGAUGCUGUCACUGUACAAGGACGUCGAUUACUUCGACGACGACCCCUUAGAAGUACUUUUGAAGGCUGGGUUAAGACUGAUGGUCCACGUCAGUGAGGGUGUCAGAGCUUGGCUGAAGAGUGUGGAGAAGAAAGAUGGAAAUGUUACAAUGCCCUUGAAUGAUCUUGAAAAUAUUGUUGAUGGUAACAUGUCUGUUAGUAUGUUAUGUAAGCGAAUUACAGAUCACGUGGGAAAUUGGGAGGGGACUGGUGGCCUGCACCAUGAAGAGGCUGGGAAGGCAGAAAGAGCUUUGGGUGGAAUUGACAAAAAUGUUGGAGAUAUGAUAUCGUGUAAAAUAUGA